CAAACAGGGAGAAGGUAUUGGUCCUCAUCCAGAUUGGAUAGAUCAUGGCUGGUGAUGGCGAUUGUGGUGAAGAGUGACCUGGGCCGAGCAGAGCCUGGCCCUGGUCCCCUUGCUCCGGGAGGUGUGAAGAGGCAGGCAGGGAACCCAGUUGAGGCAGGCCUAGCCCAGGGCCACUACGCCUCACCUGAAUUUGUAUUUUAAAAUAAUCAGUUCAUGAUGAACAAUAUUAUUUCAGACUGAAUGAGAAGACGUGAAAUGUGUUUAUAUUUUUAUGCAAUAAUUGUAAACAUACAUGCAAUUGAUGUGUUCACACAGCCUGGUUACCAAUGACUGUCGGGCUGAUACCAUUAACAUUAUCACGUAAGUUUUAGUUUUGCACAUGAUUUUUACUACAUUCCAACUCUGGUAAUUUAAAUAUUGAUUUGACUGCCAUACGCCCAAUAUUACUCUCACUUGCCAGAGCUUGUGGGAGAGUGCAGCCAUCUACACUGUUGACUUAGGCACUUAAGUGGACACGAGGUAACUCUGAUUCACUCUGCCAUGUUCGUUAACACGAAGGGUUGCACUCUUCUGCACGAUUUCACAAUGGAUAUUUAUUUUCGUGACAUGAUGCAACAGCACAAUCGAGAUAACAUGGGGAGAAAACUGCCAUGUGUUUUUUUAAAGGAGUAUAGAAUGAGUUGAGAGUGAUUGUAAAGACGUCUUUGUGAAAGAGGCGUAAUUUGUGGUGACAUAUGACAUCACGACUAUGCUGGCCUUUGUCACCUGGAAUGUCUCCGUUGUGUCUCCAGGGCGCUAUGGCUCUGGCCCACAAUAAACCUGGCCAUGCAUAAAGGGGAGCCUUUGUACGUUUUCAAACACCAGCCUGAUUUUGAAGAAUCGCAGUUGUCACGGUCACUGUGUGGAUGGUGAGCACGUGUUCAUUACCAACUUGAUGAGCCUGGGACUAAUCCGGACUGAGAAAGAAGCCAGGUCAUAGCAACCGAGCCAGAGCUCAAUCGCGUCCAGUCUACUUGUGAUGCUUACCAUUGCACAUGCUGAAGUUACCAUAUGUAUAUAAUUUUCGGUCAAAUUUGAGUACCAAAUAUAACCAUAUCUGUUAUUGGUUGAGUUGAUGUUGCUUGGCCAACACUUGUCUUAUUUGAACCAACAAUAGUGACAUGCGUUUAAACGUUGCUAAUUGAGCCGACAAUAGCCAAUCGUACGUACAGAAUAUGAACGCUGAGAGAAUGGAACACACGCAGUUGCAUCGCGACAGCAGAUAUCGCCUCUGCCUGGGCAAUGGCAGCAGCGGUCACGACAUCGCCGCACCGCGCGCGCCUGCUGACCGACAGGGUGGUGCCCUCGGCUCUCCGUGGCGACGGAGCGAGGUGGUUGAUGGUGGUGGUGAGUGCAGAGAGGAGACUCGAGGUGGAGGAAGUCACGGGCCCACCAUGGCCAGCUCGCUGGGUGAGCCAGGCGGGGGCGCACUCCCACCAACAGUCAUCGUCGCCUUUGUGGCUGCUGGUUGUCGGGGGAGCGGUGGCGCAGUGAUUAGCGCGCUGCGUCACGAAGCCGGCAAUCCGAGUUCAAUUCCUGCUCACCACCAAUAAGUGGCGAAUGCUUGACCCGGUCUUGGGCUUCCUCGUCCCAGGCUUAAAAUGAGUAUCUGGUACGAUGUGUAAUUAUCGUGUGCCGUUCCGGCCAUCAUAGGUGCUCGCUUACAGCACUUGCCCAAACGGUCUGUUAAGGCUGUACGGGGGAUCUUUGGUGAGUGGUUAUUGUUGCUACCUUUUCCAGUUUAACGCAAUAAAAUCACCACAUCUCGGUACAAAUCAAUUCCUGCCACGCUGACACAGAUCUCAAUUCCCGGACCGUCCGGGCAAACCCCGAACAGGUGGCAAGCUCAGGGGAGGCGCUGGUGUUUGUGGUGCUGGUUGCCACUGGUACAUGGAUGGACCUCCGCACGCCUUGCAGACCGUGGGGAUUAUGACCAUACUUCACCACGCUGGGCGGAGAGGAGGAGAGAACCCCUUGGCCGCGUGCCGAGUCUCGUCCCUCUGUGGCCAUUGCAGCUUCUUCCGCCACUGCGCCCGGCAGCCUCCUCCAUCCAGCGUCUCCGAGGAGGUGACCUGAACUUGUCAAUGGCGUCCUGAAUUCGACGAACCGCACGGGUGCACGCGGUCCGGCUGGGGUGUCGAUCGCGUGAACAUUUGCGAAAAAGAGUCGAUGCGGAGGAGCGCACGCCGAGGGUAGGAGGCAACCGGAGAUCCCGUCGGCUCCCGCGCCAGCUGCCAAAGAGCGCGGCAGCGAUGGCCGCAAAGGACAAGGGCAGGGGCCGCCCGGGCAGGGAGAACGACCUCUCGCUGCCCUGCUUCUACUUCGUGGAGGUGCCGAUCAUCGCCGCAGCCGUAGUGUCGCUCUACUUCCUGGAGCUGACCAACGUGUUCGUGCCGGCGCACGUCGGCUUCCAGUGCCACGAGCGCGGCCUCAGCCUGCCCUACGUGGAGCCGGCGCGGGAGACGGUGCCGCUGCUCAUGCUCUUCAGCCUCGCCUUCGCCGUGCCCUCAGCCACCAUCAUGAUUGGAGAGGGGAUUGUCUUCUGCUGCCUGUGCAGGCGGCAAGGUUCGUCGGCCGACGCCAGUGGAGCCGUCAUCGGCUGCAACUUCAGCUCAUACCUGCGCCGUGCCGUCCGCUUCGUGGGAGUGCACGUGUUCGGGCUGUGCGCGGCGCUGCUCGUGGCCGACAUCCUGCAGCUGUCCACGGGGUUCCACGCGCCGUACUUCCUCACGGUGUGCAAGCCCAACUACACGCUGCUCAACACGAGCUGCGACGAGAGCCCCUACGUCAUGCAGGACAUCUGCACGGGCCAGGACGCCAACGCCAUCAGCGCCGGCAGGAAGACGUUCCCAUCGGAGCACGCGACCAUCGCUGCCUUUGCCGCCAUCUACAUUUCUAUCUACUUCAACUCGGUGGUGAGCAACUCCAGCAAGCUGCUCAAGCCGCUGCUCAUGUUCGCAUUCGAGCUGAGCGCCGGCGUGUGCGGCCUCACGCGCGUCGUGCAGCACAAGAGUCACCCCGGCGACGUCUACGCCGGCUUCCUGCUGGGCACCGCCAUCGCCUGGUACCUGGGAUAUCAUGCGGUGGAUAACUUUGAAAUGAAGGAGAGGAAACUACAUUACCAGACGCGGCUGAAGGAAGCACAAAACCGCAACGUCUCGUCAAAGCUAGGCCGCAAGAUGAGCCUGCAUCGCCAGGAUUCGGGCAUGAAUGGCUUGGGCAGUGACUCUGAGGCCGCCCGUCGCCAGCCGGACGUCACGCUGAGCCGCAGCCACAGCGAGAACGCCUCCGUGCGGGCGCUCAACCACCGCGCGAGCGGCAGCAGCGAGGACAUGGAGAUCCUGCCCACGCGCCACCCCAUGGGCAAGGAGAGCAUGGUGACCUUCAGCAACACGCUGCCCAGGGCCAGCGCCCAGCCGCCCGCGGCGGCCGGCGUCGAGGACGUCGCGCGGCGUCACGUCGUGGUGCACGCCGCCACUGACCCCGGCCGGGCCAAGCAGAAGGUCGACCCCUGGAGGCCGAAGGCGGAGGGUUCCAAAGUGCCGACGAGGCAGCAGCGGCAGGAGGACUGCGCGGCGGAGGCGCAGAGGGCGUUCGACGUGCGGACUUCCUCUGAGCACCCGUGCCUGACAAUGGGGGUUGCGGACGUGGCACCCAAGACCGGCGUGUACCUCAACGUGCAGGCCAGCGGUGGGGGUCCCGCGGCGGCGGCCGCUUUGGCCCAGCAGCAGCAGCAGCAGCAGCUGGUGCACAUCCCUGAAGAGACGCCGGUAAGCCCCCACACCUCCCCCAAGGGCAGCUCGGCCCGGGCCAAGUGGCUGAUGAUGGCAGAGAAGGGCGGCGCAAAGCGCGGCACGCAAAGCGGCCAACCUCGUCUCAUCCAGGUCAUCAACAUGUCCAAGCAGCAGGGCCUCCUACAGGCCAAGGCCAAGCAGGCAGCGGACCCCGCUCCUGUGGGCUGCGCGGGGGGGCCAGUGCGCUACAAGAAUCUGCCCGAGCAACUUCCAGUCGGAGCGGCGGCGGCGCCUUUGGCGUCCACGUCUGCCGGUGGUGAUGGGGGGGACCGGGCCCGGUCGCUCGUUCACGUUUCUGCGAAUGACGGCGUCACAAGCUCCUGGAAAUGGAAGCCUUCCCCGCAGGACCCUGAAUCGUACGAGCUGAAUGAUCUUGGUCGUCACAUGGAGCCCGGCGACGAGGAACGAAUGCCCACUCCGCAUUCCCACAGCAACUCGGAUCUGGACGAGGUGCCCUACUGCAGCCCUUCCGGUGUGAACGCGGGACCUAUGCUGGGAACCAAGGUGGCCCUCGGCGAGCUGAGUGAACUGGCGCCGCCGGAGCCUCUGUCCCUUCCCUCCAGCCGUGACUCUACUCUGCGCAGGAAGCCUUCGACCAUCCUCGUGCCAGAGCGAUCCAACAACCUGGAGAACACACGGAAUGUAUUCUACAAAGGAACGUCUUCUUCCAGGGGCUACAAAGACUGAUCUACAUUUGGAGCCCGCAGUGGUUAUCAGGAGCAGCGUAAGUCGAAUAGAAGGCGUGUGCCAGUCAUCACACCAACCCUAACAUUGCUUGUGACGAAACUCCAUUCCAUAACAUCAACGUGUGGUUGAAAAAUAACAUUUAACCGCCCUUAGACAUGAAUGCAGUGUUGAUGGUCAGAGAUGCAGAGUGGAUCCUGAGAAAUGUAGAAGGCCGGACCAACUCGAGUAGUCUCUUGAGACGAGAGAGGAGGCAUUCACCAGGAACUCGUGAGCACGUGGAACAUGUUUUAGGAUCUAAGGUGUGUUGAUAAUCCUAGUACAGGCCUUCCAUUAGUCACAUUUGUGAAACCAUUUUUAACUUCAACUCACUCUCCCUACUAACUAUAAAAUAUAAUCAUUCUCAGAUGUGGUGAUGGCUUUACAGCUGCACUGUGGAUGGUCCCGUGAGAUUUGUACAGCACAACUCUAAUGAGAAGCACAGGUUCGGGCACUCAUGAGGCUGAACGGGAUAUUUUUUAACCUUGCCAUUUAUAUGUUUUAUAUAUACAGUUAACUUGUUUCACUAUAAAGCACACUCCGUGGGGGUUGUUAAGGAAUGGUCUACGCGAGUGUUCCGCUUCGCUUACCUGCUCCGAGGUGCGGAAGCGCUGGUGAAGUAAAAAAGAACCAUGAGCAGCAAGGUGCGGGGAAGCCUUCAUCCAACAGGGGAUUGACAGUCUGGAUAUGAUUUGUUAUUUGUGAAGAUAAUUGUUGAAUCUGAAGGUAAUGUGAGAAGAGAAUGCUGUGCGAUUGUUCAACUGGGAGAAAUCCUCACCGUCCCACUUGCCUCCCGAUGGCCGCGUCGUAGGGACACCGGGCACGCUUCGUGUUGUGUGGUCACCGACCGCUGUGAGCACGGCUGUCCGUCGGUAAACGUACAGCCAAACUCACAUCCCGCCGAGGAAUGAAAUCGACAAAAAGUGACGAGAUGAGUUUUCUGGGGAUGGCCACGAACUUGUUGGCUGUUGCGUGUUGGGGCCGCGGUCUCCCAGCUGGUCAUCACGCUCCACCGUCCCCGAAAUCACACGUGGCGUUAGAACUGGGUCAGCACGUUGUGGUUAAACGGACUCAGUAACAUCCGCACAUUGCGGUUAAAAGAGGCUCUCAUUUUAACCGACCAUUGUUUUGUUAAUGUAGUCCGCUUGUAAAUGAUCGUGCAGUCGCACGAUCAAAAUCGAAUGUGGAAGCAGAAUUUAAACACUUUCUUCUGACCUCUACAACAUGUGCGAAAAACACAGGGCCCUCUAAAGCACCGCGUACUGUGUAAAUGGCCACACACUGAGCUGGUUGUGUAGCCAUUGGGGGCCAGUUACUGUGACCUCGCGGGGGAAAUGCAUAACACCUUUUGCAAUCAUCGACAUAAAGUAUCCACAAACUCCCCUUCUUAAAACAGUUCAAGUUAGUUUCCGUUUGUAGAACUUGCUGUCGAGUCAUGGCACCAGUGUGACAAUGUCAAUGGAUGUGGAGCCAAUCACCGAUUCUUGUACAAUAGCCAAUAGCAUUGUCCACUUGUACAUGGCACCUACAGCCAUAUCAGCUCUGAAUACGAAGCAUCAGGGAUCUGUGUGCAGUAUAUGGGAGCGCACUCUACAUGUUAGAGUCGUCACAGAAGAAACAACGAGUUACUCUCUUAAAGAAACUCGGAGUAGCCCCAUGGCUCUCUCUCUCUCUGCUGUUUCAUGCUUUGCAGUUUUGUAGAUUGCUAACUAAAGUGAAACUCGAUUACUCACGAGGCCAUUCACACCCGGGGCCUCGUAGCGCUCCACAUACACAGCUCAACCCUUAACCACCCUGAACAGGUAUAGCGGAAUAAAACUUAAAAACAUACUCCACCUACGCAGAGGAUAUACAGGUGAAAACAAAUCUGUUUUAAGAUGGGACCGAAAGAAUGAAGCCACUGAGAGUCUCGAAUUGUUCUGGGAACGAGGUCCCCACAGCUGAAUUGCCACCUAAGCCUCGAGUGUUCUCAUCGAACUUGUUGAGGUCAUUUUCGUGAUGGUUUUGUCCGGCAGCCUCUCUGGCUUCCUCGAGUCUAUCUUCAAGAGGCUUCACUCCUUGUCAAUUCAACACUGUUCACCAGUUAUCAUUUCAAAUAUUCUCAGGCCCCCAGAGUAUAACGCGUAAUCUCCAUCGAUCAGACAGUCACACUCUCCCCGCCCUCUCCCACUGAAGAAGGGGCAUUGUCUGAAAUGUCAGGCUGCGAUAGCACAGUGUUAACGAUGAUUUUUGCGAGUGUUUUUUGUGCGUGUGCGGCACAGCCAACGCGGUCUGUGGACCUGUUUGGUGGACGCGUGUUUGUCUCGAACACGGCGGCUACUUGUGGGAUAUUGCAAAUAGCAGCAGAUUAUCAACAAAAUAUGUCACUCGAAGCCACUUAAAUAUGUAGUGCAUGGCCCAGAAAUUAUUAUGAAAUCGACUUCACAGAUUGAAAGUUACCAUUUGGCACCGUGAUAUAACACUGCCUCGCAGUAUACCAUAUGCAGUAUUGGUACUUUGGUUUUCAACCAAGUGGAAUGUGCGAUAUUUGUAAUAUGGCAUGUAUAAGACUUACUGCUUAGUUUAAACUCCACAUAACCAUUUCAAAAGACAAGUCUGUUGGCAAUGUAAGAUGAGAUGGACAGUUAUGGCAGCCAGCUCGGUCUGACAACGCCAGACCCAAUCGGCCGUAACCCUGCCCCACUGCUCUUACAUCCACAAUGCAUCACCACCAACCCAAUAUGUAUCAUUCUUCGAGAUGCAAUUUAGCCAAAUUAAGUGUAGAAGCAACUUUAAUGUGAGCCUUUUGUUUCUGCAGUGAUUGGUGACUAGGGACAUUAAUGCAUGACAUUUGACGUCCCAGUUUAAUCAGAGGCGGCUGCCCAGAUUUCAACUUAAAAUCUCAGCUCCAUCGCUUCUGCAAAUCUUCUCUCACCCACAGGACGCCCAGCCGUGUACGGGCAGGCGCUCCGCCGACCGUUAACUCUUAGACUACACAAACAGUGGUGACUGAGAGGAUAAUGCAACAAUCAUUGUAAUAGCAGCAGGUGAGUGGGUCUGGGCAGGGCCCAUUGUGGGUGAGACUGGUGAUGAAGGGACGGUGGGUGAGACUGGUGAUGAAGGGAUGGUGGGUGAGACUGGUGGUGAAGGAAUGAUGGGUGAGACUGGUGAUGAAGGGACGGUGGGUGAGACUGGUUGUGAAGGGAUGGUGGGUGAGACUGGUGAUGAAGGGAUGGUGGGUGAGACUGGUGAUGAAGGGAUGGUGGGUGCGACUGAUGAUGAAGGAAUGGUGGGUGAGACUGGUGAUGAAGGGACGGUGGGUGAGACUGGUUGUGAAGGGAUGGUGGGUGAGACUGGUGGUGAAGGAAUGGUGGGUGAGACUGGUUGUGAAGGGAUGGUGGGUGAGACGGGUGGUGAAGGAAUGGUGGGUGAGACUGGUGGUGAAGGGAUGGUGGGUGAGACUGGUGAUGAAGGAAUGGUGGGUGAGACUGGUGAUAAAGGGAUGGUGGGUG